AUGACAGACUCAAAAUACGAAAAACUCAUCGAAUAUCCUCUUCGUGAUAUUGUUGAAGUGCCAUCAAGCUAUGGUGCUGUUAAAUCGGAUUCUUCAACAUCGGGUCAACAAAAAGAACUAAAACAAACUAUAUUGAUUAGUGCUUUACAGGAAUUUCAACAUAUUCCUAUUGAAUGUAGAUGUUCGAACUGUCAACAACGUAUUGUAACACGUAUAGAAAAGAAAAAUGGUGCAUUGACAUGGCUCACCUGUGCAGGUGCCAUAUUUCUUGGAUGUUGGGCUGGAUGCUGUUUAAUUCCAUUUUGUGUCAAAUAUCUUAAGAAUACAAUACAUUAUUGUCCGAAUUGUGGAAAAAUGUUGGCAGAAGCUAAACGAAUCUAA